GUUUUCAUAGGCCCGUUGGUGUGGGGUUCAUUCAAAAUAGCCUGUCAAGCUUGACGGAAAUUAUUGGCACUCAUGCAAUGAUUGUUGGGAGGUCUCUUUAUCCCUUUGUCCAUUAAUAUUUCUUAUAUUUCUCUUUAGAGGGUGGUUGACUUUCAGAUCACAGAAUCGAGCUCAACAGAGAGAAAGAUCGCCCUGCAACAAUAGUACAGCAUCUAAUUCAUUGCAUAUCUAUUACUAUAUCUGGACACAUGAUUCGAAGGAAUCGACGGCAAGAUAGAUCUUAUGGCCUCGGUGAAGAAUCUUCCCCAAGCUCUUCAAGUGCUUCUAGUUCAACUCCGACAUGGAAGUUCGAUGUUUUCUUGAGUUUUGCAGGAAAAGACGUUCGCUUGAAUUUCACAGAUCACUUGCAUCAUGCUUUCAAAAGAAGUGGCAUCAGAGCUUUUAGAGAUGAUGAAGGACUAGAUAGAGGAGAAGUUAUUAAACAACAACUCCUUCAAGCAAUUGAGGAUUCUCUUUGCGCGGUUGUUGUUCUCUCUGAAAAUUAUGCAAAUUCUACAUGGUGUUUGGAUGAACUUCAAGAGAUUCUUGAAUGUCGAAAAAAAUUUGGUCGACAAGUUUUUCCAGUCUUUUAUGAUGUAGAUCCAUCUGAUGUAAGACAUCAAAGAAAAAGUUUUGGAGAAGCUUUAGCCAAACAUGGAAAGAGAUUCAGAAAAAGCAAAGACAAGGUUGAGAAAUGGAGGUAUGCCUUAUCACAAGUUAGCUACUUGUCAGGCUGGGACUCCAGGGGUCGGCAUGAAACAGAAGUUAUCCAAAAAGUUGUUGAAGCAGUACGGAACAAUUUAUGUUCUAAAUUGCCAUCUUAUCAUGAUAAUUUAGUUGGAAUUGACUCGAGGAUGGUUGAGAUAAAUUCACUACUAGAGAUAGAGGUGGACGAUGUUCGUUUUGUAGGGAUCUGGGGUAUGGGCGGUAUUGGCAAGACAACUCUUGCUAGAGUUGUUUUUGAAAGAAUCUUUGGCCAAUUUGAAAUGUUUUGCUUCCUUGCUAAUGUCAGGGAAAUUUCAGAAAGAAAAGGCCUAGAUAGUCUGAAAAGUGAACUGCUUUUACAUCUCAGCACAAGGGAAAACAUACGUGGGAAGCAUUCUUGUAUGUUCACUCAUCUAGGAAACCAUUUUCGGAAUAAAAAGCUUCUCCUUGUCCUCGAUGAUGUAAACCAUGCAAGUCAAUUAGAGAAUUUGGCCGAAAGUCCAAAGUGGUUCGGUGCAGGUAGUAGAGUAAUUAUAACAACUAGAGAUUCGCACUUGUUGAAAUCACACGGAGUGCAUGGAAUAUACGAGGUCAAAACCAUGGGAAAAGAUGAAUCUCUUCAACUCUUUUCCAGGAAGGCAUUCAAGAAAAAUCAUCCUGAAGAUGAUUAUUUUGUCUUGUCUAAAUUUGUGGUUGAAUAUACAACAGGUCUUCCUUUAGCACUUAAUGUUUUGGGUUCUUUUCUUUGUGGAAGAAGUCUCCUUGAGUGGGAAGAAACUUUAGAGAGGAUGAAACAAAUUCCAAAUGAUGAUAUCUUUCAAAUUCUAAAAGUAAGUUAUAAUGGAUUAAAUGAUGAGGAAAAGACAAUAUUCUUAGAUAUUGCUUGUUUCUUCAACGGAUGGAAAAGAAAUGAAGUAACCCAAAUUUUGAAAAGUUGUGAUCUUCAUCCGACAAUUGGAAUAAAUAUUUUGAUUGAAAGAGCCCUAUUGAUUGAAAAGAAAAUAUUGAAUGGAGAAACCAUUUUAGAGGUGCAUGAUUUAUUUCAAGAAUUAGCUAGGAGUAUUGUUUUUCAAGAAUCUCCUGGUCAGGUUCAUGGACGAAGCAGGUUGUGGAACCUAGAAGACGUCAGUGAAGUGUUGAAAAAUGAUGAGGGAUCUGGAGCAAUACAAGCUAUUGCUUUGCCUUAUAACCUAGAUGGAGAAAUAGAAGUACAUCAGGAAGCCUUCUCAAAGAUGUGUAAUCUCAGGUUACUCAUCAUAUCAAGUGAAUUGAAAUUUCCCCGUGGUCUAAAAUGCUUUUCUAGUGCAUUAAAGGUCAUUCGAUGGAGGUCAUAUCCUCUAGAAACUCUUCCAAUUGGAAAUCAGAUGGACAAACUUGUUGACAUUCAAAUACCUUUUAGUAAAAUAAAACUUUGGAAUGGCAUGCAGCUUAUGAAGACGUUGAAGUUUAUUGAUCUAAGCAAUUCCAAAGAUUUGGUUGAAACCCCAGAUUUCUCAGAAAUUCCAAUUUAGAAAAAUUAAUUCUGGAAGGGUGCUCAUCUCUUGUUGCAGUUCAUCAUUCACUUGGAGAGUUGAAAAAGCUUGUUGAAUUGAACUUGUCGUGUUGCAUAAGUCUUGAAAUCCUUCCGAAAAAAUUGGAAAUGAACUCCUUGAUAGAGUUAGAUCUUUACUGGUGUCGUAAACUUUCAGUGCUUCCAGAGUUCGGGGAAUGCAUGAAAAAACUGUCAGUGCUUGAUGCCAGGAAGACUUCUAUAACCAGACUUCCAGAAUCAUUUAGAUUCUUGACUGGUCUUGGAGAUUUGAAUUUGAGGGGCUGCAGAUAUCUUGUUCUUCAAAUGUCUGGCUUUAAUCUAACAUCAUUAACUGGGUUAGACUUGAGCCACUGUGGCAUUAAUGAGGGAUCAAUUCCUGAAGAUUUAGGUGGUUUGUCAUCAUUAAUCACUCUACGUCUGGAAGGAAAUGGUUUUGCCAAUUUACCCACUGGUUGCUUCUCUAAUCUUUUUCAACUACUUCACCUUUAUUUGAAUAACUGCAAAAGGCUCAAGUCUCUACCAAAGCUGCCACCAAGGUUAAUGCACUUAUAUGCAACCGGUUGUGCGUCAAUGGAACCUCUAUCAUAUGAUGCAAUGUGGAAUCUAGUUUCAUCACUUGAUCAUGAGUAUCGCCUUCAAACUAACUAUGAGAAGAGAGUGGUUCAGCCCAUUCAGUCAGCAUACGUACCUGAGGUAGAUUUUCUCGCAACAAUUCCGAGAUUUGAAAUACCAUCAUGGUUUCCAAACCAAGUUCCUAUUUCUACGUCUGAGGGCGCUGCGGAAUAUGUAUUCGUGGUGGACAUACCUCCCAAUUUUCGUGCAAGUAAAUGGUCUGGACUUGCUGUGUGCUUGGAAAUAAGAGCCAUUGGGAUGACCUUUGAUAAACUUGUCAUUUCUUGGAGUUGUAGAGCUCCUCAAGAUUAUUAUAUUUGCAAAGAGUGGGCAAAUGAUAUUUCACUUGACUUUGCAUGGCGGCCUCGUCUCUUCAUAAUGCUUUUGGAUUUCAAUGAUAAAACAUGUUGACGACACUUGAGAGGAAAUAACAAUUGCCUUCACAUCAAACUUAACGUGAACUGUGAAUAUUCUAAGCUCCUACAGUUGAGAUGUGGAUGGCGAGCGCUUUGUGAAGAAGAGAUGGAAAACACCACAAAUGAUUUUCAACAAGUCAUUAGCUGAAGGAGGGGUUGGUUCUUCUACGAGCUAUUUAUCCUCAUAUACAUUAUCAACUUAUUUCUUGACUUGAAGAAAUAUUAAUAUUUAUUGUAUGUGCUACCUUAUCUUCUCUUUUGAAACGCAAUUUUAAUUAAUCUUUCUCUACUCAUGUCUACAAUGUAAUUACAGUCUGAGAGAUGCUUCUUAUUUUCAUUUUUUAUUUUUAUUAGUCAUAAUUUAUUUAUUCCA